AAAGCAAGAAUAGUGUCACGCGUAGCUUCAAGUGAUCUCAGACACCGAGCAAACCAGGCGACUAGAUUUCACAACAAGAACCAUGCGCACAACUCUCUGGAUCCUGAUCACCAUGCUGGCGAUCGGAUCAUGGUCUCUCAAACAUGACGACACGAAGGGGUAUGCAUCUGAGCAUCCCAUUCCCAAAGAGGGUAUAUCAGCGCUAGACAUAUACCAAGACAAGGGUAAACAUCUUCCUGACUAUAUCUGCCAUCAGUUUCCUACAAUAAACCUCAACAUCCUCACCCUUUGUUUUCAGGAGCGGUGUCUGAAAAAAUUAAUAAAGUCGACGGAACUGCGUCUCCAGAAGAAGCCUAUGACGAAGCAGAAUGACUACUUCGGCAUGUGGACGAUCAAGACGUGUCCUAUCAAGGUGAUGGUCGUGGCCUUCGACUACUUCGCCAUCAACUGA